AUGAGAUGUGUGCUGAAAGGGCAUAAAACUUCUCACCCUGAGGACUCAAACACUGACCUCCCCCUGGAUUACUCACCCAUUAGUUGUAUAACUACAGCAUAUGAUGCCUCGUCGUUCGUCGGUUUUGUGAAUUUCACCAAAAUAAUGUUUGAUGGCGGCCGCCAGAUGGCGUUGUUUUCGAAGCAAAUCGAAGAUGUAGACGCCAGCAACUUACUAGAAACCGAAUGGGGAAAGGCUAUCGAGAAUUGCCGUGCUCUAUUUGAUUUGGACAAUGAUCUUGGAGGAAUGGCAACUGCAAGGGUAUGGGGUAUGUCUAGGUAUCAUGAGUGGAUUGCGGUGUGCUUCACUGUUCACCCUACAGACAUGGUAGAACACCUGACCGCCUCUCACUCACGCCUUCGGGUCUCAUUCUGCCAAGCCCACAAGAUUUCCGAAGGUCAAACAGACGUGAUGCCCAUGUGGCGUGUUCCGCUGCAGCAUGACUCGUUAAAGGCAAGAUACCGGGUGCUUGAAUAUACAUUGAGUCAACAACACAGGUCCGUCCCUGAGGAUCCCUCGCUUAAGAGGUUGGUGUAUUCUGCUUGCUGUUCCGUGCUAGUAUGUCCGGACCGCGAGAAGCAGAUAUUACGCCUGGUGCGAUCGGCACUCUCAUGGCUUCAGGAAUCUUCGGGUUUGGACUUGAUGACGGAAAUUUCCUUUUUAAAUCGGCUGGAAAUAUGUCCGGAUGAUAAUGCUGAUGUGCACUGUAUCAUUCCGGCGAAACCCCAAGAUCAAAUCGACAACCCUGCAGGAGAAAUUUUGGAGAUAUGCGAAAUAUGCAGAUCCGGGAUAGGAUGGUAUUCCAAUACGGAGUCGCAAUGCUUCGAAGGGCACGUCUUCGUUCGCUGUGGUAUUACCUCGCUGUCAAUACAGAACCCAUCGAUAUCCUGUUUUUGCAGCCGUUGCGGACAAGAGUAUCUGGACCGAUCUCGCUUGAUAGCUGAAAGCAUCUUGCCCGAGGAUUACGGUCAAAAGAGACUCCUGUCUGAGAUCCUAAAUGUGUUCGAUACAUGUAUCUACUGCCAGGGCAAAUUCCGACGUUAA